UUGGCUCGGGUUCCCUGCCCCUCCCCCUUCCCGGAGCCCCGAGGGGCCGGAGCUCCUGGCGGUGCCGGAUCCUGACGGUGGCCUUCCCCCGGGUCUGUAAGUGCGGAGGCGGCCGGAGCGCCGGGUAGGGGUACAAGGUCUCUCAAAAUCGAGCCCCCUUGGGGCCCUGGAUUGGCCGGGACCUGCACCGGGAUGGGGGCCGAGGGGCUGGCCUAGGCUCGGGGGUGCUUAAGGAGCCCUUGGCCCGGCCCCUGCUAUGCCCCGCCCCUUUCCCUCCCCUGAGUCUGGAGUGGGGAGCCUAAGGAUGCCCCCAGGGACCUUCUCCGGGGACCCCAGCCGAGGGCCCAGCAGUUGGCUUUAACCCGACUGUGGCAUCUUUUUAAGAAGUGCCAGUUCUCGGCCAGGGCAAGGCCUCAGUGCCAGCCUGCAAGGAUCACUGUGGAGUGCAGCUAGUUUACCCUUUUGCCACUGGCUGGCUACACCACCUUUUUUAUAUCUGGCGCCUUGUCAGGCACUGGGAGUUCGUAAGAAAUUGUUCUAAUUUUCAGGGUCAAGUUUGGGAACCAGAUAAAAACAAAUGAGUGCUCCUGCGAUGUACAUAUCAGUCGUAUAUGUAUGAAACGUUCAAGGGGCAGUCGCCAGGGAGGCUAAAGAGACUUUUCAGUUUUACUUGGGGAUAAGGUGGAGAAGAGGUUUUGCGCUCAGAGGAACAGUUGCAGUGCUGUGAAGGAAUACCUUAGCAUAACUUGUGUGGGAAGAGCAGGAGAGGGUUCCAGGGCUCUUGUGCAAAGCAUGAGCUAUGAAGCUGGGAUAGUAGAUGGAAGUCCAGAUAGUGAAGAUUUACUCCCAAAAGAGGUGGGUACUUGUUGAAGAGUUUUUAGCAGGAGACUAGUGUGGUCAGCUUUGCACUGUAGAAAAUCAUCUUGUUCUGGAGGUCAGCCUAUAGGAUAGGAAUUUCUAAGAAUUGAUUCUGGACUCUUUAGCUAAAGUCUAGUUGUUCUUAUUGGAGAUUCUUUUGAAGGUGUAAUGGGAUCAGCCUAUUGAGAAGUAAUGAAAUCCCAAAACGGAGUUAUGAUAGUAUUAUCAGAAAGAAGGCAGGUAUGCUGAAGGGAAGGGCUUCCCUGGUAGCUCAGCUGGUAAAGAAUCCGCCUGCAACGCAGGAGACCCCUGUUUGAUUCCUGGAUUGAGAAGAUCCCCCGGAGAAGGGAUAGGCUACCCACUCCAGUAUUCUUGGACUUCUCUGGUGGCUCAGACGGUCUGCCAAAAUGUCUGAAAGAUCAGAUCUCCUUCACUUCAAGUUUGAAAAUUAUGGAGAUUCAAUGUUACAAAAAAUGAACAAAUUAAGAGAAGAGAAUAAAUUUUGUGAUGUUACAGUUCUCAUAGAUGAUAUUGAGGUACAGGGGCAUAAAAUUGUGUUUGCUGCAGGUUCCCCCUUCUUAAGAGACCAGUUUUUACUGAACGAUUCGAGAGAGGUGAAAAUCUCCAUAUUGCAGAGUUCCGAAGUGGGGAGACAAUUGCUCUUGUCGUGUUAUAGUGGUGUGCUGGAAUUCCCUGAGAUGGAACUGGUCAAUUACUUGACCGCUGCGAGUUUUCUUCAGAUGAGUCACAUUGUAGAACGGUGCACGCAGGCCUUGUGGAAGUUUAUAAAGCCAAAACAGCCAAUGGAAAGUAAAGAGGGAUGUGAACCACAGAGUGCUUCUCCCCAGUCGAAAGAACAUCAGGGAGAUGCCAGAGGCUCCCCAAAGCAGGACUCACCUUGUAUUCACCCAUCUGAAGACAGUAUGGAUAUGGAGGACAGUGAUAUUCAGAUCGUUAAGGUAGAAUCUAUUGGGGAUGUAUCAGAGGUUAGAAGUAAAAAAGAUCAGAACCAGUUUAUUUCUUCUGAACCCACUGCUUUACAUUCAUCUGAGCCCCAGCACUCUCUGAUAAAUUCAACUGUGGAAAACAGAGUAAGUGAAAUAGAGCAAAACCAUCUCCACAAUUAUGCCCUCUCUUACACAGGCAGUGAUAACAUCAUCAUGGCCUCAAAAGAUGUCUUUGGGCCUAAUAUUCGAGGUGUAGACAAAGGCCUGCAGUGGCAUCACCAGUGCCCAAAGUGUACCAGGGUGUUUCGUCACCUGGAGAACUACGCCAACCAUUUAAAAAUGCACAAACUCUUUAUGUGUCUACUCUGCGGCAAGACUUUUACUCAGAAAGGCAACCUUCAUCGACACAUGCGUGUGCAUGCCGGCAUUAAACCUUUCCAGUGUAAAAUCUGUGGGAAAACCUUUUCUCAGAAGUGUUCCUUACAGGAUCAUCUUAACCUUCACAGUGGAGAUAAGCCCCAUAAGUGUAACUAUUGUGACAUGGUUUUUGCACAUAAGCCAGUUUUGAGGAAGCACCUUAAACAGCUGCAUGGCAAAAACAGCUUUGAUAAUGCCAAUGAAAGGAAUGUGCAAGACCUCACUGUGGACUUUGAUUCUUUUGCGUGUACAACAGUCACAGACUCUAAAGGGUGUCAGCCACAGCCUGAUGCGACACAGGUCCUGGAUGCAGGUAAACUGGCCCAAGCGGUCCUGAACUUAAGGAACGAUAGCACCUGCGUGAAUUAAAUAGGGCCUUUGUGCUCCUAACUAGAACUGACUACAAAUGUGGCAAUAGCCUGAGUCUUUUUAGGAGUCAUUUCGCUAAUUUGACUUCUCCAGAGCCUCUGUGCAGGUCGUGGGGGUGAGUCAAAGCACUAAUAGACCAGGCAGCUUGCCACUUGGAGUGGUCUUGCCUGCCUUUUGCCCUUUCCCAUGUUCUGUUCUGAAUUAUUUAUCCUGUGAUGUCUGUUUUCCUUCCCAAGGAGUACUCCAUUUGUCUACCCAACAUCAGCUUGUGUCUUAGACGGACACUGUUUUAGACUUUCCACUGGGCACAUUCUGAAGGAACCAAGAAGUUAGUAACAUCACCUCCACUCCACCAAUAGAUGCUAUGCUAAGGGAAGCAAAUAAUCUUUUUCUUUGGUAGGGAAUAAGCUGAGAUAUAAGGUGAUAUUGCUAUCAGCCUGAAUAUGUGAUAUAACUUCUGGUUCUAUCAGAACCACUGAUAAUUCAUCUAUGUCUGAUAAAUGAAUGAAUCUACUUAUCCUGGAGCUGGCUAUAAAGAAGUAUUUUAGAUUAUUCUGUACUCGAAAUUUUCAACAGUUUAUGGCCCAGCUUCAUGUGAUUGAAGUUCACAUAGACCAGAGUACAAUAUUUCCAUCAAUACCUGCAGAUAGGAAUCAUCACUGGGGAGCAUAACCAACAAAGGGUAGUAGUUCUACAACAGUACUUAUUUGGGAGGUCUUCCCCCAAAAGAAGUCAAAUGCUUUUAAUUAUUCUGUAGCUUACUUGGUAAUGCUUUUGGAAUCAGGAUUGCUCCAGGUACACUUAAAAUGUGCUAACAUAUAUAAUGGUCUCUCUAAAAAGGGGCUAUCUGGAGUCAGUCUCUAAACUUUGUUAUAGAAGUUCGCUAUUGGUAAGGUGAGUUUGGCCUUCAGAGUUUUGUCCAGUGUAUUGUAAUAGUCUCUGAAUUCUCAUUUCCUUGUGUACCUUAAUUUCUAAAGUGAAUGAAAAAAGUGGGUCACAGAAGGAGCAGUCAGAUUUUUGCAUUUAGAUGUUCCUAUAAUGGUACACAGUCCCACCUCAUCCCCUUUGACAGAUCAAAUACAAAGUUGAUCUUCCGUUAUAGAAAAACAAAACAACUGUUUUUCCUAAGCACAUGUUCAGAAAUAAAAUUUUGAGUCUUACUCGUUUCUGACCCAUGAGUUAGAUUUAGAUAAUAGGAGUGUUUGAGUCCAUAGAGAAUCUUAAGAAAUCAUUUAGCCUGCCUCUCUUUUUUUAAGUUGGGGUAUCCAAAGCCCAAAGAGGUAGCCUGGCCAAGGUUGGCCAAAGUAGACUAAGGAGGCUAAAUAUGAGCUAAGGUCACCUCACUUCUUACUGUCCCUUGGCUUAAAAAGAUUUAGUACAUGGUCAGGAAUACUUUAGCAAAAAGUUCCUAGUUUGUGCUUCCCCGCUGUGCAUCCUUGUUUGCUUUCUAAGCCUCUAUUUUGCAAACAGAACAGUCAUGGAAGGAUUUAUUUUUGUAAGGUAAUUAUUUUUUGUUUAGGAUGAAUAUUACAUUCUUCCUAAGCAAGCAACUGAUUUGCUGGGUGUUUAUUAGUAACAGAAAGGACAAGUAACAAUGUGAGAAGGAUCCAAAUGUGAAACUAAUUUUGUCUGGAAACAGUGUUUAGUUUCUGUCAGGAUUUUCUGUUUUUUGUUUCUGAGCUGUGAGAGUCCAUGUAUAGAUGAACCAAAAAUUAAUUUUAACUUGAGUAGUCAGAGGGUAUUCUUAAAGUUGUUAUAAUUUGAUGCAUUUACAUGUGAAUCUGAUUUGAAGUAUAAUUUCUACCAUUUGUUAAAAGGUUUUAAAUGAGAAUAAAAUGGAGUGGUAAGACUAAUAGGUAUCUUAUGCCUAAUGUCACUCAUUAUAUGAUCUAAUGAUGCUACCUAGCAUUCUGGUUUUUAUAUGAUCCAGCCAAAGAGUACCAAUUCUAUGCAAUAGUGAGACACUAACAUGUUAACCAAUGUUUCACUCUUCUCUCUAAACAUCAUUUUAUCACAGGGAAAUUUCAAGUUGGAGUGCUUGCUUUGCGUAAAUUCAUGUCUCGUUUUGUAACUGGUUUGAAGACUAAAAGGCAUGGGUUCAAAUAAAAUUGGUCUCUUUGGUUGGAGACUAUUUCUGGAUUCAUUCAGGCAUUCAGGAGACAUUUAUUGAACACAUAUUAUUGCUAGGCACUAUGUUAGAUACUGAGAAUUUGAAGAUAAGAUUGUUAUGGUCUCUGCCCUCACAGAGCUUACAGUCUCAUAUAGUCUUAGUGAGAUAAGGUAUCAAUUUGGUUUUAUCCUAGGAAGAAUAAAGAAAACUGCCUUGCUUUCUUUGAUCACUUAAAAUCAGCCUCUUGAUGGUUUUGUAUGAGUAAAACUUGUAGUUCUCACCUUUUUCAGUUGCAAACCACUGAAGUGGUUUACAGUCUCCCCCAUUUCUUGGCUGGAGAGGUGUUCUGUUUCUGUGAGACAUUUUCUUAAUUUUGGUGGUACUUGAGUUUUUCUUUGUUUAUACAUGUUUCUUAGAUUAUAUUGCAAAGUGAUCAAUUUACUGAUAUCGAAUAUGUUUUACAGAGGACGAUGACUUUCAAAACUAGUUGUAUUCUGGUAGUGGAGGAAGAUUUUUUAAAACCUUAGACAUUCAGCAUUUGUAUUUUAUGGAUCCCCAGGAUAACUAAAAAUGAGAGGGUUCUGUUUUCCUUAGUUUGGUUUUUUAAAAAAGCACUGUGUCACAGUUAUUUAUUUAUUAUUUAAUUUUAAAGGCAAACUCCAAACUGAAGUGGCUCUGAGGUAAAUCAGAUGUGGUUUUAAUUUGUUUUAGUUUAUUAGAAGAUCUAUAAAUGGAGGGUGAUCACCAUCACUACUUCUAAAAUAUUGUCCUAAACAAACAACCCAGAACAUUUUAUUUCAGCUGGUGAAUAGCUGUUCUAAAUCUGUUGUAUGUUAGACAUACUGUGAACUACCUCUUCACUUAUUAUGGGGAAGUUUCCUUAAUAAAAGUGUGACAAUUCAAA